AUGACUCCGGCUUGGGGGGACUAUGUUGGGACCCUGCCGGCAGCGGAGGUGGAUCCCUUCUUUCGCCCACCGGAGACAUCCACGAGAAAGGGCAAGAAGAUGAAGCGACAAGCGGAUGACAAUUACGUUGCCAUGUCGUAUUGGUGGGGUCCGAAGGACGAAGAGCCAACUGCCGAGAUUGUGGUGAAUGGACGGAUUGUCAAGGUGAGAGAGAAUCUGGAGGCCGGGCUGAGACAGUUCCGGGAGAUGGAGUACUUCCAGCAGGGGGGGAAGAUUUGGAUCGAUUCGCUCUGUAUCAACCAGCAGGACGAGGCCGAGAAACAGGAUCAGGUGCAGAUGAUGGCCUCCAUCUACCGCUGUGCCGGUAACGUCAUGGUCUGGCUGGGGCCCGCUGAUAUUGAAAGCGGAUGCUCCAUCACGUUUCUCGAGAACGCAGGGGCCGAUUUCCGAGCCGAGUAUGUUGAGGCAUUUGAUGGCGCCGAUCCCAUAACUGCACACACCUGGCGCACUAUGGCUCUCGUCCGCAUGGAGACAAGCUACAACCGAUUCAGCGAUGAGCUAAGGACUGAGCCAACAAGGCUGCUAGACCCACGUCAGGAAUUGCUGGAUGAUGUCGCCUUCGCCUUCCAUAGCUUCUUUGCCCGCCCCUACUGGCGGCGGCUGUGGAUCAUUCAAGAGCUUUGUAUGGGCCGCGGCGGCAUGCCCAUCGUCUGCGGGGACCGGGUUACCCAGUGGCGGUACAUCCGCGAUGGCGUGCUGAAGUUUAUGUCCAUCUUGGACAUUCUCGAUGAGAGAAGAAGGGGGUCCUCGAGUCUCGAUAAGAGGGCUUCUCUGCAAGAAUCACUAAGCCACGUUGCGCAGAUCGCUCAGCUCGAAAUCAUGGGCCACAGACGCAAAAUCCAGCAUGUCGACGACAACAGGCUGCCCCUGAUUGCUCCGACUUGGCUUGAACACGGACCGCUGCUUGGCAGCGCUCUUCGAAGAGCCGUGGUCCUCGCGUCGCGGACAGACUGCUCAAGAUCACACGACCGCAUCUACGGCAUGCUCAGCAUCCCCGCAAUUCCCGAUCUCGGUAUCAAGGUCGACUACACCAAACCCCUCGCCGACGUUUUCACCGAGUUCAGCGCCGCGUGCGUCAAACAUGGUAGUCUUGACUUCUUCGCCAUUUUGGAUGGCGGGCGUAUGUCUCUGACAGAUGAACACGGCAAUCCUCAGGAUCCCGACAAACCAUCCUGGGUCCCGGACUAUGGCGCCAAGCCGGAGAGGCGCAUCGGUAUUCUUGACGGCGUGUGGCAUGCCGGGGGAUAUGUGCCGGUCAGCUUUGCCCAGCCUGUUGUUGGCCCGCAGAACUUCCUAUGCUGCCAGGGCAAGGUAGUUGACACGGUGGAUGGCACUGGGGCUAUAUCGCAGGCAGAUGUAGAGUCCGGAGCCAUGAUUUUCAAGCCGGAGGAUGACUUACUUUCACUUCAACAGCCCACCGUACCCGACUCGGAAUCAGAAAAUCAGAAUCCGCAACUGAGGGGAGAAGCUGUCAUCUACAACGUCCUAGUCGGGGGUUGUGACAGGAACGGAAUGGAAGCUCCGGCCUCGUUCAAGUGUUUGUACACAGCGUUCCCGCCUGAAGAGCCAUUCAAAUGCUCUGCUUUCUACCGCAAUUGGCAGUUCCUCAAUUCGACCGCGGACCUGAUGGUGCACGGGAAACCCCUAUCGUCAUACUUUGACAGCGCGUCCACGCCUGCCUACACCAUGAGCGGCGCGUCUGAGACGGCUGCCGCCCGCCAGGCAAUGGAAAUGCGAACCAAAAUGCGACGCUUGAUAGUUACAAAGGCGGGAUAUCUUGGGCUCGCGCCUGUGCAGACCAGGCCCGGGGAUGUCGUGAUUGACAUUGUGGGCCAUCCCACACCGCUGAUUGCCCGCAAGGACGGAACCAUGGAUGGCCAGGACUUUUGGUAUCUGAUUGGCGAGGCGUACAUCGCAGGGCUGAUGGGGGCUGAGAAGAUGCCGCUGUCGACGAAACAUUGGCAUCAGAAGGAGACGAGGCGAGCCAUGGCCGAAAUGGAUAUCAUUAUCUUUGUAUGA